AUGGGUGCUCCGGUGAGCUGGGGAAGCAAAAAGCAGUCAAGUGUGUCGCUGUCAACAAGUGAAGCUGAGUGCAUUGCACUAAGUCUGGCGAUUCAAGAAGGCAAGUGGGUGCAUCGAUUGCUGUGCGAGAUUCUGGAUGCCGCAGAGGACAAGUCUGGACCCGAGCUCAAGAUCAUGGAAGAUAACCAAUCGUGCAUCAAGAUGACGAAGAAUCCUGUGAACCAUAGUCGGGCCAAGCACAUCGACAUCAAGUACCAUCACAUUCGUGAUGAAGUCAAGCGUGGUGAUGUCAAGUUGGAGUACUGGGAGACUACGACUAUGUUGGCGGACAUCAUGACGAAGGGACUUCCAGGACCUCGUCACAAGGACUUGACGGUAGCGCUCGGCAUACACGCGUGUUCGCAUUGA